GUUUAAAUGCGCACUUUUCAGUGCUCAUCAACAUGAAUAUUGAACAAGAAGAUAUUCAACAUAACAAUAGUCCACUUAAUAUCCCUGAGGGUGAGGGGGAAGGGGGUGCAGAUAGGUUUGCGAGAUUGUUGCAAGAUUCACAAUGUGAGGUGUGUCCAGGUUGUCAGAAAUUCACAAAGUUGUCUUGUAUUCUUAGGUUACUCCAUCUAAAAGUUAUGAAUCGAUGGACUAACAAGUCGCUCACUAUGUUACUUGAGUUUCUUAAAGAGUUGUUGCCAAAAGAUGAAACAUUGCCAAAAUCCCAUUACGAGCUUAAAAGAAUAUUGCGUGAUUUGGGACUUGGCUAUGAGACGAUUCAUGCCUGUAAACAUGAUUGUGUACUCUUUUGGAAGGAAUAUGAGCAUAAUGAGGAGUGUCCUAAAUGUGGUGCAUCUCGGUAUAAAUUCCAUGAAGCCAAAAGGAAAAAAGUUCCUCAGAAGGUUCUUCGAUAUUUUCCCUUGAAACCAAGGUUUCAAAGAUUGUAUAUGUCAAGAAAGACUGUGAAAGAUACGAGGUGGCAUAAGGAAAAGCGUGUUAAGGAGAUGAAUGUUUUAAAACAUUCAGCAGAUUUUAGAGCUUGGGAGGAAUUUGAUAAUCAACAUGGUUGGUUUGCAAAAGACCCUCGAAACAUUUGAUUAGGGUUAGGAGCUGAUGGAUUUAAUCCAUUUGGUAACAUGAACAAUGCAUAUAGCGUGUGGCCUGUCUUUAUUGUAGCAUACAAUGCGACACCUUGGAAAUUGAUGAGGGAUCCAUAUGUGUUCAUGCCGUUGCUUAUUCUCGGUCCAAAAUCACCUGGAAAGGACAUUGACGUGUAUUUGAGACCGUUGAUAGAUGAGUUAAAAGAAUUGUGGGUGGAUGGUGUCUCAACUUAUGAUGCAUGUACCAGAAGAAAAUUUAAAUUACAUGCGGCAUGUCUAUGGACUUUAAAUGACCUUCCUGCUUUGGCGGAUUUGUCCGGUUGGUGUACGAAGGGGUAUAUGGCAUGUCCAAGGUGUAUGGACAACACAGAAUCAGUGUGGUUGAAGAAUGGUAAAAAGAUUAGUUAUCGUGGUCAUCGACGCUGGUUGGAUUUGGAUCACGAUUGGCGGAAUCGUUCGAAGCAAUUCGAUGGUUAUAAGGAGCAUAGAUUACCACCCAAGGAGUUGUCUGGGGAUGAGAUUCUAGAAAAAUUAGAACAAUUAGAUCAUAUAAGGGAUGUCAAUUUCGGGUAGGUACCAAAUAUUAAAAAGAGGAAACGUACUACAAUCGAGCUUAAUUGGACAAAAACGAGCAUUUUUUUUGAAUUAUCAUAUUGGAGAUUGCUCAAGUUGCGGCACAACCUUGAUAUCAUGCACAUCGAGAAAAAUAUCUGUGACAAUGUGUUGGGGACCUUGAUGAAUAUUGAAGGGAAAACAAAAGAUAGUUUGAAGGCUCGUCUAGAUUUACAAGAGAUGGGAAUAAGAAAAGAAUUGCAUCUUAUCUCUACUGGUGCAAAAUAUGUAAUGCAACCUGCACGUUACACACUGUCAACAAAAGAAAAAAAGGAGUUUUGUGAAUGGUUGAAGACGAUUAAAUUUCCAGAUGGAUAUGCAUCUAACAUAUCUCGGUGUGUUAAUGUUGCAGAAUGCAAAAUAUACUGGCUGAAAAGUCAUGACUCGCAUGUUCUUCUGCAGCGACUCUUACCAGUCGGCAUUCGUGGUUGCUUAGAUCAUGAUAUUUGCAAUGCAUUGGUUGAACUUGGCAUUUUCUUUAAAGAGUUGUGUUGUAGGACGUUAAAGGUUGAAGUGCUAGAAGCUCUUGAAAGGGAUAUUGCUCUUAUACUUUGCAAGUUAGAGAUGAUCUUCCCUCCAGCAUUUUUUGAUAUCAUGGUUCAUCUUGCUGUGCAUUUACCCGGGAGGCGCUCGUAGCUGGUCCUGUACAAUAUCGAUGGAUGUACCCUAUUGAAAGAUUUUUGUGCCCUCUUAAGUCAUAUGUUCGCAACAAAGCACGCCCGGAGGGUUCAAUUGCUGAAGCUUACGUGGAUAAUGAAUGCAUAACUUUUUGUUCUUUGUAUCUUAGUGGAGUUGAGACACGGUUUAACCAUGAGGAACGGAAUUAUGAGGGAGAUCAAACUGUGCAAGGAGCUUCCUUGUAUGUAUUUAGACAAGUCCUUUGUCUAUUAGGUUCCUCAAGUUAUGAUACAUUGGAUUUGAUGGACAUUGAUAGGGCUCAUUUAUAUGUUUUGAACAACUGCGAUGAAAUCCAGCUGAUAUUGAGGUUAGUUAAUUUUAUUUUAUUUUUCGUUUUCAAUAAUUUUACAUCUUCAUAUAUUUUUUAUAAACAGUUGCGUGUAACAUUUUCAAAUAUACAUGUAUGUAGAGAAUAUAUGGAAUUUUUACCACGACCAGCACAAUCCACGGUAGAACGAAGGCAUGCACUGAAAUUUCCAAUUUGGUUUGAACAACGUGCAAGUGUUUAUUGCUUUUCUCUAUUGUUUCUAAUUAUAUAAUUUAUUGUAUUUGGAAGUAAUUAUUUGUUAAUAUGUGUUGUGUUUAUAGAUAAAGCAAAUGAGGCAACUAAAGGACUCAUCAAUAAAUGAUGAUAUUUUUUCAUUGGCAUGUGGACCUGAACAACGAGUCAAACGAUACACUGGUUGCAUUGUAAAUGGAUCAAGAUGUCACACAAAGGAUAGGGAGCAAAAUCGAAAAACUCAAAAUAGUGGUAUAUCUGUUAAAUGUGAAGGCGUUGAAUAUUAUGGUGUUUUAACAAAGCUGGGUAUACACAAAGAUACCCACUUCAAUAGCGUUAAUGUAUCACGUCGAUCGUACGAGGAUCAGCCGUUUGUUCUACCUCAACAAGUCCAACAAGUCUUUUAUGUGAAGGACACCAAAUUACGGGGUUCAUGGGAGGGGUGGUUCAGAAAAUAACUUGUAGAAGAAUAUUUGAUGUUUCAGUGGUGGAAGAUGGAAAGGGAGAGGAAGAGGAAGAUGAAAGUAACACUGAGAAUGAUGCAUAUCAAGAGUCUGAGCCUUGCAUUGUUGAUCGGGUUGUACAAGAUUGCCCAAAUAUAGAUCAAUUGUCGUUGAAUAGGGAUGACACCCAGUGAUCAGAUUGAUGUAGAAGUUGUUCACAAGUGUAGGCAAGACACCCAUGUGGUUGACAAUGAAGAUGUAGAACUAUCUGAUUCCUCCACUGAUGAGGAAUAUACUUUGCUUACUGAUGAUGAUACUGAUGAGAGUGAUUGGGAAGAGGGAUAGUUUUUCAAUAUGCACGACUUUUUUUACAAUCUGUUUAAGCCAAAUUUGGUUUACUUUUUCCUUGGAAUUGAAUUAACAAAUGAUAACAUGUUUUAUUUUAUUGUUUUCCUUUAUUGAGUUUACUUUUUCCUUGGAAUUGAUUUUUUUUAAUUUUGCUUCUUUUUGUUUUUCCCUCUAUUCACUUUUUGAAGGAUAUCUAAAAAGAGUUAGAUCUGCUAACAAGUGCUACUGGAUCAGUUAUCCUACAAUUUUUUGUUUUCCUUCAAAUAAAUCAUGAGGGUCACAGUAUAGGUCCAUCACACAACCUCGAUAGGAGCAAUCUUAUUGCAAAUAUGGCUUCAACCAAUGGUUCAUCAGCUUAGACUAGGGUGAAACGACAUGGAAUUGCAAAAAAUGAGAAGCUGCAACUUAAAGAUUUUUACGGAGGACCUAUUCCAGUUGAAAUCAAACCAGAAUACAUGAAGGUCACUGGGGAUAAUGCAGGUGUAUUUACAGCUGAACACGGCAUUAUAGUUCGUGGUAGUGGAAAACUCUUAAUUUAUGAAUCGUGGCUUGAUGUUCCAGAAAUUGAAAAACAAAUUAUGUAUAAUGAAAUAAAGCAACAUUUUCAAGUUGAUUUCAACGAUCCACACCACAAAGAAGUUGUGGAUUUGCAACUUCAUACCCGACUCAAGGAUUACCGACAUGAGGUAAAAAGUCAUUGGAAUUUGUUUGACCCUGAUGAGGCACCUCGAAAUCCAUAUAAAAGUGUUCGGUCUGAAGUUUGGUCAGUAUUGUGCAAUCGUUUCAUGUCAGAAAAGCAUAAGGAAAUUAGUGAGGAAAAUCAACGGAACUGGGCUGCACUACAAGUUCACCAUUGUGGCGGAAGCAAGUCCUUUGUGCGGUAUAUUGAGGAGAAGAAAACGUCUCAGAAUGGAGUUCAACCUAGCUUGGUUGAUGUUUAUGAAGAAACACAUCACCAUCCAGAAAAGGGUUGGACAUGUGAGAAAGCUCGGGAAUUGCAUGGGAGCUGGUUGCAACAGUACAGGAUUUAGAUCCUACAGAUGAAGAUAAACUUGAAAAGGAGAAGCAAGCCUUCAUCAAAGUUCUUGGGAAGAGGCCCAAAUAUAUUUGUGGCUUGGGGUAUGGAGUGAAACCCCCACCAGCCCGUCCUAAUGCGGAGCUAGAGAAUGAAGAAGACUUAGGAUUGCAGCUGAAAAGAAAUACGCUAAUGCUGUUGAAGUAAUCAAGGAUAUGGAGACCAAUAUGGAGCAAAGAUUAGAAGCUAAGAUGAGUAUGAUUCUAAAAGGGGUUGCUCUCUCAAAGCAAUAUUCCACCACCAAGCUCUCCAUAGGAAACAAUAUUUGUGGCUUGGGUGAUCAUGUAUUUUUGUUGAACAAUGUGUUGAUUAUAAGCUUUGGUGAUCAUUUGAACGUAUGCUAGUGAAUUGUGAUUGAUAUUGAACAUAUGCUACUAAAUUGUAUUUUUGUUAUAAGUAUCGGUUUGGUGAUGAUCCAUUUUUGUUGGUAUUGAAUUACAGGGACCAAUUUUUGUU